GCAAUGUUGAGCGGUGGCCUCAAGGAAUUUGAUGUGGAGAACCUAAAGGCGAUGUUGGAGAACAGUGAUGAUGAAGAUUUCGACGACGAGAGCAACUGGAGUGAAAAGGUAGAGGCGGGCAGCGUGGCGAGUGCCGAGAGUACAGAUACCGUGAAGGGGACAGCAAGGAACGAAAACGAGAAUCACCUCCUGACAGAAGCACAAGCGAUGGAUAAAGGCAGAGCAGCAAAGCAGAACACGGCCAUCGACAAAAAUGACGCUGGCGAACAGACUGGCACUGUCGAUCAGACUCAGGGGUCCACUGAUGGCCUGAGGGUCGGAGGAAGUCGGGACGAGAUAAAAGAUCAAGCCGAUGCGCACUUGUCGAGCGCUGACCCUUUGGCGCAAGCAGGGGCAGCUGUAGGCAAGCAGGACGAAAUGUCGGAUUGUUCCAGCGAGGACGGCACGGGAGAAAGACCUAGAAAGCGCAAGAGGGCUGAAGCGGAGCAGGCCUAAAGAAGGAAUGUGAAAAAAAACUGCUCUCAGUAAGGCUCUGUGAGCACCAAUUCGCCGACAUUUUGCUAUCCAUUUGCUAUGCUGUUUUCGUUGUUAACAAUAUGCAUCGUUUUUCAUAGACCACAAAACACAUACACGAUUUUGUUCACUAGGUUUUCGCAAUCAUGUCUUACGAUGUAUUUUAAUAGAUGACCUUUGUGCCUUUAU